AUGUUCUCUCUCGCUUUCUACGUCUGGAUUUUAUUGGUCGCCGCCAUUGCCAGCUGGCUGUACAGCUGGAGAAACCCAAGGUGCAACGGAGUCCUCCCGCCUGGCUCCAUGGGCUGGCCUCUACUGGGAGAGACACUACAGUUCUUUGCACCCAACACGUCGUCCGAUAUUCCUCCCUUUGUCAAAAACAGGAUGCAAAGAUACGGGCCGAUAUUCAAGACGAGCUUGGUGGGGAGGCCCGUGAUCGUGUCCACAGAUGCGGAUCUUAAUUAUUUCAUAUUCCAACAGGAGGGGCAGUCAUUUCAGAGCUGGUAUCCAGAUACAUUCACCGAAAUAUUCGGUAAACAGAAUGUGGGGUCGUUGCACGGGUUCAUGUACAAGUACCUAAAGAAUAUGGUACUGAAUCUUUUUGGACCGGAAAGUCUGAAAAAGAUGCUUCCGGAGGUCGAGCAGGCAUCUAACAGGAGCUUAGGGAGAUGGUCGGGUCAGUGUACAGUUGAGCUGAAGGAAGCAACCGCACAGAUGAUUUUCGACCUGACAGCAAAGAAGCUGAUCAGUUACGAUUCAGAGAAGUCCCCAGAGAAUCUAAGGGAGAACUUUGUGGCUUUCAUACAGGGGUUAAUCUCUUUCCCUCUGGACAUUCCUGGCACAGCCUACCACAAAUGCUUACAGGGGAGAAAAAGAGCAAUGAAGAUGCUGAAAUCCAUGCUGCAAGAAAGACGAGAGAGGCCACGAAAAAUCCGAAGUGAUUUCUUUGAUUAUGUUUUGGAAGAGCUUCAGAGAGAGGGAACGAUUCUGACAGAGGCGAUUGCUCUGGAUUUGAUGUUUGUGUUGCUCUUUGCCAGCUUCGAGACAACCUCGCUGGCAAUCACUUUGGCAGUUAAACUUCUUCUAGAGCAUCCAUUGGUUUUGAAAGAACUCAAGGAAGAACACGAGGGAAUUGUUAAGAGGAGGGAGAAUCCGGAUUCUGGGCUAACAUGGAAUGAGUACAAAUUAAUGAAGUUCACUUUUCAGGUGAUAAACGAAACAGUGAGACUGGCGAAUAUCGUUCCUGGGAUUUUCAGAAAGACGCUGAGAGAAAUCAGAUUCAAAGGUUAUACGAUCCCAGCUGGCUGGGCAGUCAUGGUAUGUCCUCCAGCUGUGCACUUAAACCCCACCAAAUAUAGAGAUCCCCUUGAAUUCAAUCCAUGGAGAUGGGAGGCGAACACAAAUGGGGCAUCAAGAAAUUUCAUGGCCUUUGGAGGUGGUAUGAGAUUUUGUGUAGGGACAGAUUUCACGAAGGUGCAAAUGGCUGUAUUUCUCCAUUGUUUGGUAACAAAAUACAAGUGGAAAGCAGUCAAAGGAGGAGACAUUCUCCGAACUCCCGGUUUGCAGUUCCCAAAUGGGUUUCACAUUCAAACCUCUGAAAACAGAUGA